AUGAAACACAAUUUGCAUGGGACUUAUGAAGAGUCCGGCGCCUCUUGGGCUUUCAUUCCCGACGACCUGUGGGAGUCUGGGUAUCAUGAAGAGGCGCAGGCCAUGAAGCGUGAGCUCGCGAAUUCGCCUCUCACCGAGGCCAAAGACCUUGUACAACGCGCACCUCACAAGGAGGGUUCAGGAAAAAUCCGAGACAUGAGUGGCAAGGAACACAAGAUCAAGUGGUACUGUGAGCCAGCAGCAGGGGGGGUAGUCAAAUUUGCUGCCGCGUAUGGCAUCAAGCUGGCGUGCGAUGGCGUAUACUCCGUGGCCAGCAGCUCAGCCCGUGGACAGCUGGUGUGGCGGUCCCCUGAGCGUGCUGAGGGAAGUCUGCACAACAGGUUCACAUUCCGACUUAUGAAGAAGAUGGUCGACGGAUUCUUUACCACCUCGUGCACCACCGUGUUCAACGCUUAUAUUUUCACGUCUGGCCUAGGCUGUGGUGAUAAAAAACAGCUUGCUGGAACUUCUAAGGUCUCUGUUCGCUCUGUUGGUCCACGUUCUAAGAAAGAUGGUGAUGAAGUUAUGCUUUAUGAAUUGAGUGUCCAUAAGUAG